AUGAUCCAUAUGGAAGGUCAUAACUUCAGCCUUCACAAGAGUACGGUUGGCCCGAAGAAGCGCUGGGUGUGUUGCAAAUGGGCUAGUGGAUGCAGGGCCGUAAUCAUUACAGUGGACGAUACCAUUAUGAAAUACAGCCCAGUUCUUUCUGUUUCAAAGUUUGGGAAACCGGUGAUACUGUAUGAGGGACAUCGUUUUAACCGGCACAGCAGUUCAAAAGGCGACAAAGCGUUCUUUGUGUGUGUUAAAUGGACUGCAGGGUGCCGCGCUAGCAUUAAAAUAUUUAACGACGAAAUUAUUUCCAUUAAGAAUAAUCACAAUCACUCUUAA